AUGGUCCAGUGCGCGCACACGGACCUGCCUGCGCUGAACGUGCUCGUGAAGCCGAACCAAAGCCUGAAGCCUCAGGUUGCAGCCCUUCAGCUUGCUACAAACAAUCCCACUCUAACUACAGUUGCUCUAGAAAAACCUUCCUGCGUGUUUGACAGCUCACUGUACCCAAAUAAAUCUUAUGCCAUCUACUUGUAUGCAAUGAAGGAAUUGGCAAGUGCAAUAAGCUCCCUAGUGACCACCACCAACAACAAACCACUCAACAGCAUGUUCCUGCAAACGAGCAGGGGACAGCUUGGACCUUACAAGGCUGCCACAUCCAAUGCACCCAACUGUGCUUCACAUCCCAAGCUCAUGGAUGUAAGAGAUGUCAACAAAUUUUCUGACAUUCUGAAACAAUACCUCUUCAGAGUUGGGGAUGAUGGGACCUGUUUGUAUGACCCCAACUUCCUAGCUGUCUGUAAUGCACCUCUUGCACCAGAUACAACAUACAGGCUUUUUCCCUCCCGAUUUAAAUAUGUGUUGGUAGGUAGCACUGAAGGUAUCAUGAAAGAUCAAACCCUCUGGUCUGAUCCAAUCAAAACCAAAAAAGUUAAACUUCCCUUGAAAAUUGAUACCUGGUCUGGCCGAAGGAGUGGAGGCAUCAUUGUCAUUACAUUGAUCCUCAGGGUUCUUAUGUUCCUUCUGCUUGCUGGCCUUCUUGCUUCUGUGUCCUCUGCUGUCAUGGGUUCAGAAGAUUCUUCUGCAGAGACAAAGCACGUGUCUCAGACCAUUCAACAAAGUGAACCAAGACCACAGUUAAGCUCUGAGUGA